AUGGACCUAAAACAUUUAAUAUUUAUUUUCUUAUUGUUAUCGUCGAUAUUUGCACAACGACAAUAUAUACCGACACCUCGACAUUCUCAUACAGCAGUAAUGAUAGGAAAGAAAAUAUAUUUCAAAGGUGGUGUAAACCAGGGAUUUGACGGUCUGGGAUUUGAAGAUUUUUUUUAUUUAGAUUUAUCAAUUCCAAUUGAUACAACACAAAAACAAAAAAUACCUUUUUUCUCUGAAAAUAAUGAAGGACUUACAGCAAAUUCUUGGUCGAUAAGUGGACUCGGCGGCAUAAAUAAAGAUCAAAUAUUUAUUUUUGGUGGAUUCAUGAAAGAUAAUAGUUCAUUAGUGUUACAGUAUGAUUCACCGAACAAGCGAUGGAUAACUCCAAUUAUAAACGGAUCACCACUACCUAUUAGAAGAAGAGAAACUUCAGGUGUGGUAGAUGAUGAAGGGUUAAUGUAUAUUUGGUCUGGCACCACAGAUACUUUUUUUGGCCAACCUUUUGAUAUAAUUAAUGAUAUGGUUAUAUUGGAUACUAUAGGGUUAAGUUGGCAAAUUAAAAGUACUCCUUUUGCUAGAUAUAGUUCUACUGCCGUUUUAUUACCUGAUGGUAUGAUUUUAUAUAUUGGUGGUAGGUCGGAGGAUUUUGGAUAUGUUCCAAUGAAUCAACUUCCUAUAUAUAAUACUAAGUCAGACACAUGGUUUAACAUUACAACUAGUGGAAUUAUUCCAGAAAGUCGUGUAGGACAUACCGCUACAUUAGUUCCUGAUGGUAGAAUUAUUGUAUAUGGUGGAAUACAUAUGAUUGGAGAAGCCUAUCUUCCACCAAAAGAAGAUUUAAUAGUAUUAAAUACAUCUCGGCCAAUAUAUGAUUGGAAAGUACCUCAAAUACAAAAAAUGCCUGCGUCAAGAUCAACAGAUGAGUUACAUAUAUUAGAUAUUUCAAAUGAAGCAGAAUAUAAAUGGGUAACCACGAUGGAUAAACCUGUUUAUCAUCAGAACGACCAAAUUCAAGAAUAUCAUAAUGAUUUCCAAACACCCACUUUGACGAUUUCUUCACAGGAAUAUAAAACUGCUACCGGACCGGCUAAUUGGCUAUAG